AUGGACUGGGAGAAGUUUAUUCCGAUAGGCAAGGAGCUUGGCUUGUCAGGCAAAGAACUAAAAGAGUGGAUUGACGAGCAGCAUAACCGAGAGCGAGAUAAACGAGCCGAGGACAGGGAAGCAGCGCGAGUCGCGCAUCAACAGGAGAUCGCUCGACUGACGGCGGAACGAACUCUGCUAGAGUCUAGAUGUCGUCUUGCAGAGCACGCGGCUGGAACGGUCGAAACCGUUAGAGAACGCGGGGACAACAGCGGUGAAGCAUUUAGAAGUCCCCACAAGCUUAUUCCACCCUACCACGAGGGCCGCGACGAACUCGAUGCGUACAUACAGCGCUUCGAGCGGGUAGCCACCAGCCAGGGCUGGCCAAGCGACAAGUGGGCGCUAUCAUUAAGCUUGUGCCUGUCAGGCGAAGCUUUGAGCGUGGUCGGACGCAUGUCUGCGGAGGAUGCCACAGACUACCAAAAGCUGAAGCAAGCUUUAUUGCAAAGGUUCCGGUAUACCGAAGAAGGAUACUGCCAAAAGUUUCGCGAGGUUAAACCAGAGAAUUCUGAGACAGGCUGGCAGUUUGCUGGUAGACUGCUCGGCUACUUUGAUCAUUGGCAGCAGAUGGCGAAAACAGAGAAAACGUAUGAGGCAUUACGAGAUAAGAUUGUAUCGGAACAGUUUUUGUUACGCUGCGAUGAGAGGCUCGCCAUCUUCCUGAAAGAGCGAGGAUGCCGUGACCUCGACAAGCUAGCCGAAGCCACUGACCAUUAUUUGGAAGCGCAAGGCCUGUCAAACCUAGCCAGAGGAAAAGAAGAAAGAGAAACCAGUAAAGCAGCCCUGCAGAGCAAGAACUGCGGAACAGAGGCCAGGAAAGAAAAGGUUGAGUGCUUUCUCUGUGGCAAGCAAGGGCACCGUGCUGCAGAUUGUUGGACGCGGUCAAAAGGACCAAAGUCCUUGUCUUGCUGGAAGUGCAGGAAACAUGGCCAUAAAGCUGACGAGUGUCCGAUUGUAAAGGGCAACGACAAAGAGGCGUCAAGUACUGUUGAAGACUACGACCGGAUGCCAGCUGCGCGGAAUGACGAAUACCAGGCUUCUACCACUAAGACAGAAGAGAAAGCAAGCCCAUCUGCAAGAACAGCUGUAAAAUAUAUUUGUCUUGGUCUUAUGACACAACAGCUGCCGACGGCAACUGGAUAUCUCGACGGACAUCCGGUGACGGUGCUGCGAGAUUCCGGUUGCAAUACUGUAGUCGUCAGGCGUUCGCUAGUACCGGAAAAGAAUUUCACCGGUAUCAUGCGUACCGUUUACCUUCCGGACGGUUCGUCUAAGCAGCUUCCAGAAGCGAAGGUCUACGUAGACUCUCCUUUCUACCGAGGUACGACGCUGGCACUCUGCAUGGAAAAGCCACUCUAUGACGUUGUUCUUGGGAACAUCAACGGGGUGCUCUACCCCGCUGGUACUGACAUGUCACGUGACCCGUCUGAUGUUUCAAGAUUGCGUAAAGAGUCGGCACCAGCAGAGGAGCCUGUUCGACACCACAGCGUGUCCCAAGAUAGAGCGACCUUGAGCGCAGCGACAACAAGGAGAACCAAGGAAACGAAGUUACCGGCUGCAUCGAACGCUCUAGAUGUGAGUCCACAAGUUCUGAAACAGGUGCAGCGAGCAGAUCAUACCUUGGAGGGUUGUUUUUCGUUGAUCAGGAAGACAACGACAAAGCGAUCAGCAAACGUAGAAUUUGUUUUGAUCAAGGGGAUCCUGUACCGACGCUACAGAUGUCUGACGAGGAAGGAAGUAGACCAACUGGUUGUUCCCCAAAGCCUGCGCCAGUUCGUCCUUAAGAUGGCGCACGCAGGAGUUUUGGCCGGCCGCCAAGGUAUCAAACGCACCACUGAUAGAAUACUAGAAGAGUUCUAUUGGCCAGGCGUUCAGGCUGAGGUGACACGAUUUGUGCGCUCAUGUGACAUCUGUGAGCAUAGUGUUCCGAAGUGCCUAGUCGGACGUGUCCCCCUAGAGAACAUGCCGGUGAUUGACAUGCCGUUCCAACGUGUGGCGAUUGACAUAAUCGGGCCACUCUUACCGACAUCGGCAAAAGGAAACUGCUAUAUACUAACAUUGGUGGAUUGCGCAACGUAA